GUGGCGGUGGCGGGAGACUGGCUGGUCUCCCAGGGCUGGCGACUCGCGGCGUAUGCCUUGGCGCCAUCGGUGCUCCAGACAGCACCCGUGGGCAUUGUAGCUGUUGACGUGGGAUACAUGGGCGAGGAUGAUGACGGUUCGCCAGGCGAUGCGGGCUCGCCAGGCCAGGCAUCGGAACCGUCUGGUCCACGGGAGGUCGAUGAGGCCACAUGGUUGGCAAGGUCGCGAGUGCUGGAGGUCGACGUGGCUCGCCGGGAGGUGGUGACGGUUCUAGCUGCCCGACCAAGGGCAUUGGCGGCGGAGACUGCGGCACUGGUAGGCGCGCAGACGGCGCGGGUGGGGAUGGAUGAGAGCAGCGACGAUGACGAUGAUGAGGUUACUGGCGAGCGUGUGGCCGGCGCUGCGGCCGAGGCUGGGGAGGCGGAAUCGAGCACGGCCGCGCCGCCGGCGAUGGUCGGCGUGGACGAUGACCUUGCUGCCGUGGUGAAGGCGCGGUCGGUCGAGUACUACCUGCAGCAAGCGGCAGAGCUGCUCGGCGAGGAGGGCGGGGAUGAGGGUAGCGGCGAGGGUAGCGGCGAGCGCAGCGGCGGCGGCGAGAACUCGCUGGUGGACGUCUCGCUAGAUUCACUCGAUGGCGAGGCGUGACUACGGGCCAAUGCCAGGCUACAGUGCGGCGUGCAAAGGCACACGGCUGCUACGAGACGACGCAGCGCGACUUUUUCGACGACUGGGCCUGGGCCUGGGCCUGGGCGGCAGCGGCGUGUGCGGCGGCGGUGGCGACGAUGACGUCAUCGUCCUCCUCCGGUGGGAGGUACUUGCGGCGCUCGCCGGCGCGCGGGCGCGACGACGACGACCGCAGCCACGAGUACUCGGUGUCAAAUGAGGCGGUAAAUGUCGAGUGCAGGGUGGACA